AGCAAACACGCUUCUGAAGCUGCAGAGGAAGAGGAGUGAGAUCGAUGUGAGUGAGUGUUUGCAGAAAGCUGUCAGCUGUCAGCACCUGGAGACUCCUCUUCUGCUUCUAUUUCUACUUCUACUUGUUUUCAGCAGCUGCGUGUCUUCCCGAGCACUCACGUUGUUCCUUAUUUUGCGGGACACUUGUAAAAAAAAAACUGCGGGUGUCUCCUGGGCAUGGAGAGGCAACUGCUCUGAUUGAUACUCGGAUUUUUUCCACUUCACGAUCUUCUCUCUGAAUUAUGGAGAGUUGACGGCUCGAGAGGAACCUGACUAACAGCAGUGUGACGGGAUAAAGAGGAUAAAGCUCUCUCUAUAGAGUCAGGGCUUUUUAUUAUUGACUUCAUACUCAUCGUACCUACUGCAGGUGUUCUGUUGUUAAAGAGAACGAAAACCUGUUACCAAAAGUUUCCUCAAUACUCCUUCCCUCUUUAAAGUCAGCUGACGGGGAGAGGUGUCAUGGCUGCGUACGGACAGACUCAGUACAGUCCCGCCCUCCAGCCUGCGGGACCGUACACACCUUACACUCACCACACACAAGGCUACAGCAUGCCCUCUUACAACAUUAAAACAGAAGAAGGCCUGAGUCACUCUCCAGGUCAGACAGGAAUUCUGGGAUACUCAAACUUCAGCAGCACUCCUCCUGGUCAGGGUCUCUACAGCUACUCACACACACACGGUGGUGGGAUUUCAUCUGGAAUUUUCCAAGGCACCCAUGCAAUCUCGAGUUCAACCCCAUUCAACUCUACCCAACAAGAGUUUUCAGCGUACUCGAGCUACAGUCAGAGUCAGUACUCUCCGUAUUAUAACUCUCAUCACUACAACAGCCCCUACAUAACAAGCAGCAACAUCAGCCCUGCUGCCAUCACAGCUCCAAUAGCCUAUCAGCAUCCAGAACACCCCGUCAUGCUGCCCAAUCACAGCCCAGAGUCGCACACAGGCGAGUACCACCCGCCGCCAAGCCCCCCUACACCAGGUAAAGAGGAGGGGGUCCCAGCACGAAGGGGGUCGGAUGGGAAGUUGAGAGGGAGGAAAAGAGUCAGUGACCCUGCACCACCUCUGGACUCUGACAUCGAGCGUGUGUUUAUCUGGGACCUGGAUGAAACCAUCAUAAUUUUCCAUUCGCUCCUCACGGGAACCUUCUCCUCACGUUUCGGAAAGGACUCCUCAAAGGCGGUGUCUCUCGGUUUGUGGAUGGAGGAAAUGAUCUUCAACCUGGCCGACUCGAGACUGUUCUUCAACGACCUGGAGGAAUGCGACCAGGUUCAUAUUGAUGACGUGGCAUCGGAUGACAAUGGACAGGACCUGAGCACUUACAACUUUGGGUCGGACGGCUUCCAGAGCCCAGCGGGGGCUGGCUCUCUGUGCCUGGGGUCGGGGGUUCACGGAGGAGUGGACUGGAUGAGGAAGCUGGCUUUCCGAUACCGCAGAGUCAAGGAGAUGUACAACACAUACAAGAAUAAUGUUGGAGGUUUGAUGGGCAGCCCUAAGCGAGAGGAGUGGUUACAGCUGAGGAGAGAGAUGGAGGUGUUGACGGACCUGUGGCUGACUCAAGCUCUCAAAGCUCUGGCUCUCAUCAACUCCAGGCCUAACUGUGUGAAUGUGUUGGUGACCACCACCCAGCUCAUCCCAGCACUCUCCAAGGUGUUACUGUACGGUCUGGGCUCUGCUUUCCCCAUAGAGAACAUAUACAGUGCCACAAAGACAGGCAAAGAGAGCUGUUUUGAGCGUGUCUCUCAGAGGUUUGGUCGGAGAGCAGUGUAUGUGGUGAUAGGAGAUGGAGCAGAAGAAGAGUCCGUGGCCAAGAAGAAGAACAUGCCGUUCUGGAGGGUUUCCUGUCGGGCCGAUCUGGAGGCUCUGAGCCAUGCACUGGAGCUGGACUACCUCUAGAGGGCGCAGCUGUCACGCUCUGCUCCUCCACCAAAACCAUGAGAAGCUCCUGAACUCCUGAGAGCAGCUUCUAGACGAAACUGCCCCCUGAGAGACUGAUUCAGAUUCAGUGUUGCUUUUUCAAGGUGUUUUUUGAACACGCAGGUGGACAAACUCACACUAAAGCCAAAGGAACUGGGAGGAUUUGGAGCUACAGUUUAUCUGAGACAUCAACAUGAGGCCAAAAGCGCUGGACCGAAAGAAAGACCAAAGACAAUUAAGGGACCAAAGCUUCAUAACUAACCCUAGGGAACUAUGGGUAAUACUGCAAAUACGUUUUUAAUAACACAUUUUUUCUUUGUUUAAAUUUGCUUCAUCUCAACUUUAUGAAAGGUGUCCCACUUUUGUACACUAUGAAAGUGAUGCACUGAAUGCAAAACUGUAUGUCCUGUUUAUUGAACACGAUGAGUGUCAGAUUGUUGUUGGAUUUGUUGUGCCUUUUUUAAAAUUUGUUGUGAGACUUAACCUGUUUUCCACUGACCAAUACCAUUACAGAUGAAAUUAGAAGCAAGACUUAAAGGUAUAAUGUAACAUGGGAUAGAUUUUUCCUUAACGAUUUGUUUUUAUUUUAGAUAAAAGUCAAAUAAUAUUCUCUUCAUAGUUAGAGGCUAUUGAAAUGGUUAGAUUAUAUUCGACCAUUAAUAUGUGAGCUAUUUAUUAUUUGUUCAAUACACAACACAAUGAGGUAUAAACAGUUUGGGAGCUUAGCAUAAAAACAUCCCCUUCAAAGACCAAAAAUGUACUAAUGUAAAAAUGUAUUGUCCUGCAGACGCUGUAUUAUAGGCCGGUGCUUGAAUCCUUGCUUUUGAUUCUGGGUUGUAUAUGUUGUCAUGUUUUGAAUCUCCUUUUCUGUCUUUGUUUCCUAAUAACCUGUUUGUAAUAUAGAUGAACUGGUAUGGUUGUGCAUGUGCCGAUUACACUGCCUGUCAGUUUAGCCAUGAUUUGUAUAUAAUGCUUUAUUGUCGAUUUUGUUUUGACAGACAGUUAAAAUAGAUUAAUAAAAAUAAGUUAAUUGCA